AAUGGAAUCUGGUUAUAGGGUGGGCGGAGCGGAUGACUAGUUGAUGGGGUGGGAGAGCAGUCCCAAGAGGAAGCUGGUCGGAAGGAGAGGGAUGACCAGCAUGAGAAUUGGGGCAGGGAAGGGGCAAGAGUUUUUUGCAGAGGUGGUCUACCUAGUAGGUGCAAAAUAAAGAGCUUAUUGGUUACUAGGAGUAAGAAAUGGGAAGGAAUGUCCAGAAUUGGAAAGAAUGUGGUGUGGCCUUGGCAGAGGCUGUUUUCCUAGCUAAUAACUUUUGAGUCCUUAAGUUUUACUUGUUCUUUAUCACCUAUAUAUUAUCAAUGACUGAUGUCCAGUAGACAGAAAAUAUGGCUGCAGUUCUUUUCCUUUCCCGUUGCCACUGCCUUCCUUCAGAUACAGACUGUAAAUUUUGGCUUUGGGCAGUUGUGGUAGACUUCCUCCUCACUGUCUCUCGUGUGGGUCUUGUGUGGGUCCAUCUUCAUUAUAGCCACCUUAUAAACACAAGAGUGUUUUUACCUUCCAAAAUGUAAAUCUGUUUGUCAUUUUCUUUAAACCCCUCAGUAUCUCUUCUCUCAUUGACUUACUCAGCAUUCUAUCUUGUGUCUCUUAAGUGGCAGGCACUGGAGAUUACACAGGAAUACAAUGCAGUAACUGCCUCGUAAUUGCCAUAGCUAAAAAUGGAAACAAUUAUAAUAUGCAGAUGAUUUCUGUAAAAUGUAUGCCUCUUCUGACUUAUCUAUGCAUUAAACCUAGAGCUACAAGUACAAGUUGCUGUAAAAUGCAGUUGUAGAAUUAGAUAAUUCCUGCCCUCCCCCAAAGUGUGAUGUUUAACGUGGCAUUUGACUCUGGACUAACACAGGUUUUGGGCUGGAGGAUAGUUGCAAGUAUUGUCUGGUCAGUGCUGCUUCUGCCAAUCUGUACCACAGUAUUUAUAAUCUUCAGCAGCAUUGAUUUAUUUCAUCCUAUUCAGUGGCUGUCGGAUUCUUUCAAUGAUCUGUAUAGUUCCUAUGUAAUUUUUUACCUCCUGCUGCUGUCGAUGGUAGAAGUGAUAAUAAGUAUUUUUAAUGUGGAAUUCUAUGCAGUUGUGCCUUCCAUUCCCUGCUCCAGACUGGCACUGAUCGGGAAGAUCAUUCACCCUCAGCAGCUCAUGCACUCGUUUGUUCAUGCUGCGAUGGGGAUGAUGGUGGCCUGGUGUGCUGCAGUGAUGGCCAAGGGUCGAUACGGUUUUCUUGUGGUUCCCUGCACCGCCGCUGAGAGUUUAAAUAGCCCUGCUGCACAAACCUGCUUAAAUGAGUAUCACCUGUUUUUUCUCCUGGCUGGAGCAUUUAUGGGCUAUAGCUACAGUCUCCUGUAUUUUAUUAAUAACAUGAACUAUCUCCCAUUUCCCAUCAUACAGCAAUACAAGUUCUUGCGCUUCCGGAGAUCUCUGCUCUUGCUAAUUAAGCAUAGUUGUGUGGAAUCACUGUUCCUGAUUAGAAAUUUCUGCAUUGUGUAUUAUUUUCUUGGCCAUAUUCCCAAAGCUUGGAUUAGCACUGCAAUGGACCUUCAAAUAGAUGAGCAGUUGCAUAGGCCUCUUGACACUGUGAGUGGCCUCUUGAAUCUCUCCUUGCUCUACCAUGUCUGGCUGUGUGGUGUCUUUCUUCUGAUGACUUGGUAUAUCUCAUGGAUACUCUUCAAAAUCUUUGCCACAGAGGCUCAUCUGUUCCCUGUUCAGCCACCAUUUUCGGAAGAGUCAGAUGAAUGCCUCCCGAAGGUGUUAAACAGCAAUCCUCCCCUCAUCAUCAAGUAUUUGGCCUUGCAGGACCUGAUGUUGCUUUCUCAGUAUUCUCCCUCACGAAGACAAGAAGUUUUUAGCCUUAGCCAACCAGGAGGACAUCCCCACAAUUGGACAGCUAUUUCAAGGGAGUGUUUGAAUCUUUUAAAUGAUAUGACUCAGAAACUCGUUCUCUACCAGGAGGCAGCUGCUACGAAUGGGAGAAUGAUGUCCUCAUGCUCUGUGGAGCCUGAGAAACUCGGUUCCCCAGAAGAAACUACGUUUCAGACCCCGAAAUCGAGCCAGAUGCCUCGGCUGUCAGUGCCACCGUUAGUUAAGACAUCACUGUUUUCCUCAAAAUUAUGUACACCGGAUGUGGCAAGUGCCCUCGGAACCCCGUUUGGCUCUAGUGUAGUGAAUCGAGUGGCUGGAAUUUUUGAUGUAAAUGCCUGCAGUGGGUCCCCUCCAAGUUCUCAGCUGAUACGAAGAGGGCCAAGAUUAUGGACUUUUGCUCCUGAUCAGCAAAUGACUGAGUUUUCUGAUCCUUCUGCAUCUCCCUCUGUUAGUGAGGAGGGUAAGACAGCAAGACAGCCCAGUAUAAUUUAUUCAUGGAUUCAGAAUAAACGUGAACAGGUUAAGAAUUUCUUAUCAAAACGGGUGCUGAUAAUGUAUUUUUUCAGUAAGCACCCAGAGACAUCUAUUCAGGCUGUUUUUUCAGAUGCCCAAAUGCAUAUUUGGGCAUUAGAAGGUCUGUCUCACUUAGUGGCAGCAUCGUUCACCGAAGAUAGAUACGGAGUUGUCCAGACUACACUGCCAGCUGUUAUUAACACUUUGUUGACGCUGCAAGAGGCAGUUGACAAGUACUUCAAGCUUCCUCAUGCUUCCAGUAAACCACCUCGGAUCUCAGGAAGCCUUGUGGACACUUCUUAUAAAACAUUAAGAUUUGCAUUUAGAGCAUCGCUAAAAACUGCCAUCUAUCGAAUAACUACUACAUUUGGGGAACAUCUGAAUGCUGUGCAAGCAUCUGCAGAACAUCAGAAAAGACUUCAACAGUUCUUGGAGUUCAAAGAAUAGCUCAGUAAUAUAAACUGUGUUCAUUACACUGCUGAUACAGCCACAGAUGGGACAGUAAAUGUUCAGCAUUCUUGGAUCAGAAGAAAAUGGACUAAUUAGAUGCUUCCUUUGUCGUGGUGGUUGCUUUGAAGACUAUACUUUAAUGGGAGAAAUCAUGGAAAAAAAUUCUCAACAGAAUAACCGAAAACUGCCUUUUCUGUACCGAUGGCUUUUUGUGUGUGUGGUAUAAUAAAAUCUUUAUUCAAUUUUACAGAAGCCUCUAUGGCAGUAGAAAUGUCUUUAGCUUCUAUAGUUUAAUAAUAAUAACUGGAAAAUUCUUAGAGUUUACUUUUGAGCAUUCAGAAGGUAAGAUAGAUUGGCUUGAUUCGGUCUCCCUGUUUGUUGUGAGAGUUUAACUCUCUGUAUGCUCGAAAUACAUAAACUUUUUAAGAGUAGUUUCUGCUUUCUGAAGGAUGAAAAUGGUAACAGUGGAGAAAAAUUCACAGAAAAAUUAUUGUUUAAAGGACAUGUUUUGUUAAUCUGGUAGGUUGUGUUUUUCUUUCCAGGGACAAAUUAAAUUUGCAUGAUUGUCCAAAAAAGGUCUCAAUUUACAGAUGCUAACUCUCUAUAAAGGAAUGUGGAAAAAUUCAGUUCUUAAGUUACAAGAUUAAACAUUCACAUUUGAUUUUUUGAAAGA